AUGGGCAGCAUAGAUGUUUCCAAGCCGUACUCUGUGCCAGAGGAAGCCCGCAAAGUCCUUGAUGAAGGUAUUUUCCAGAAUCCAAAAAUCGCACGUCUUUUGCCAGAAGGGGUAUCCGACUUUGCCUCGAAGAUCACAUUCACAGGCAAUGAUGUCCCUUCCAUACCAAUAAACUGGCGCUUUGCAGAAUCAGCUGCGUCGCUCAAGGCUCUGGAGGCGUGCAUAGUUGCCGAGCUCGUCAAACGCAAGUAUGGGGUCGAGUUGUCUGGAGCCAACAUAAACACCGACCACGCAAGUCUGUUCUUCAUGAGUACAUUGAUAUGGCAGUUCAAGGACGCUGAUAAGCCAGCCAGUAUCUUCGAUAGUGCAAACACAGUGCAUAAACUGAUUCCCAACUAUGACCUCCAUCGGCAGCAAAGCAGCUUACAUCGUAGUGCAGCUACAAAUAUCUACCGCACCAAAGAUGGUCGGUACUUCCACCUUCAUGGGUCAAUGAAUCCAGAUCCGACUCUUGACAGUGUCAACUUGCCACGUGACAGAGAUGCAAGCACUUGGGAAGAGGCAAUCGAGCCUUUCGUAGAGAAGUUGAGUCAAAUUGACAGUGCAGAAAUGCAGAAGCUAGCCAGCGACGAGUAUAAGCAAGCAGGCGUGAUUUGUGAGACUGUCGAAAGCUUUAAACAGACAGAGCAUGGAAAGGCAAAUGCUCACGUUGCUCUGUUCGAGGUGCAUGAUGUGCCCAAUGCAAAUCAGAAGCCUUGUUGGUGGCCAGAAACCUCUCAAACCAGCGCGCAAAGACCACUAGCUGGAUUAAAGGUCGUUGACCUCACACGAGUCAUUGCUGCACCUGCUGUGACACGAGGCUUGGCCGAGCUAGGCGCUAGCGUUAUGAGAGUUACCAGCCCUAACAUAUGUGACUAUUCCGCUUUGCAUAUCGAUUUGAACUGGGGCAAAUGGAAUUGCAGCAUUGAUCUAAAGUCUGAAGAAGGCAAAAAGCAGCUGUCAGACCUAAUCAAGGACGCAGAUGUCGUUGUUCAGGGCUAUAGACCGGAUGUGCUCGACAAGUACGGCUUCAGCCAGCAAGGCAUUAUUGAUAUGGUGAAGGAUCGACCAAGAGGCAUCAUCUCAGCACGAGAGAAUUGCUAUGGGUGGAACGGGCCGUGGUAUUACCGGUCGGGUUGGCAACAGAUCAGCGAUGCUUGCAUUGGCAUUUCUGAAAGCUUCGGUCGAGCGAUGGGGCUGCAGAACGGCGAAGCAGUCACGCCUGUUUUCCCGAACAGUGACUACAUGACUGGCACUGCUGGUGUCUGUGGCGUGUUGACAGCAUUGAUGAGGCGGGCUGAGAAAGGCGGUAGCUAUAAGGCUGAUCUGAGCUUGAAUUAUUACAACCAGUGGCUGGCCGAGAGUUGUGGUGAAUAUCCGACUGAUGUCUGGGAAGAUGUAUGGCAGAGGAAUGGUCGACGAGUGUUCAGGUCAACCGAUAACAUGGUUCAACUGAUUCCGGCAUACAUCAAAAUGAUCAAAGACAACAGCGACAAGAUCGUGUUUAACCCUAGUUUCUUUGAGGAACGCGAGUCCAAGGCCAUUGAGAAUUGCCCACCCAUUCGUGCUGUCAAACCAAUCAUCGACUUUGACGGCCAAGUAAAGCUCGGUUACAAUGUCGGAACCAGAGGCAACGGACGAGACAAACCACAUUGGCCAUCAGACCUGAUGGUGGAAGUCGUUUCGUGA